GAGCAGGGGUCGGGGUGGUGGAUUAGGGGCGAGGGCAGGGGGUAAUAUCUGUGGAGAAAGGGGUUCCGUUUGGACUUCCGCUCUGCGGCAUGAGGGAGCGGCGGGGUCACCGGCGCAGGGGGGCAAGGGGGCGCCACAAAGCCCGCGGCCAGGGCGCCCAAGGCCAGGCCGGGGUCCGCGGGUGGCCGCAACUGGAGCCGGCAAGCAGAGGGACACAGCUGCUGCGAGAAAAACUAUGGGUGCCCUGGAACGGGCUCAUUGUGAUCGGGAAGAAAAUGGAGCUCCUGGGUAGAAACACGCAAAAGCCUAGGAUGUGGGACCAGAAGCUUGAGUCUGAGUCCUGGAGACUGGAAGAUGUGGAAAAGACGGUGUUGAAAGGGAAGUCAGGCCGGAGUCGGGAAAGGAUGGAUGUGAAGCUGCUGCACAGUGUAGCAAAUGCAUUACAGGCUUCAGAAGGUUUGGGGAAAGACAGCCCAAAGGAGGUGUGGGGAAAGCAGCAAGUCAGACGCCAAAUAGGGGCUGAAUCAGAGAGGGCAGAGACUACAGCAGAGGCUGGGAGGGGGUCUGGGUUGAAAGAGAGUUUGAAGUUUACUGGGGUAGGGACCAGUGGAGAGGACUUGAGAGCCAGAGGAUAUAAACCAGGGCAGAAUGAGGAGGAGCGGAGGUCGAGUGGAGAGAAACUGAGGUCGAGUGCAGAGAAGCUGAGUGGAGAGAAACUGAGGUCAAGUGGACAAAAGCUGAGGGCAAGUGGAGAGAAGCUGAGGUCCAGUGCAGAGAAGCUGAGUUCCAGUGCAGAGAAGCUGAGUGAAGAGAAACUGAGGUUGAGUGCAGAGAAGCUGAGGUCGAGUAAAGAGAAGCUGAGGUCAAGUAGAGAGAAGCUGGGGUCAAGUAGAGAGAAGCUGGGGACCAGUGGAGAGGAUUUGAGAUCCACUGGAGAUAAACUGCAGUCAAGUGCAGAGAAAGUGGGAUCCAGUGGGGAGAAGCUGGGCACCAGUGGAGAGGAGCUGGAGACUAGUGGAGAGAAGUUGGAGGGUUCAAGAAUGGAGAGCAUAAAUGAAGAGAAUGUUGAAAGAAUGGUAGAAGUUACUGGUGGUGAAAGAUUGUUAGAAGUUACUGAUGCUGAGAUGGAAAUUCCUUUUGAAAGAGUGGAAGGGAGUGAUGAAGAGCUGGAAGGGACUGAGAAAGGGGUAGCAGGUGAGGAAGAUGUCUUGAGUGGGGCGAAUGCCAUUACUGAUGAAUCUGUUUCUAUGGAGGAGAAAGAGGUUAUAGAUGAAGAACCCAGUGAUGGAGGCAGAUGAAGGAUUGAAGCUAAAGAAGGAAAGAGCAGCAGAUAGGGGAAGUCCUGCAAGUCAACCAGGAGAAAUUAGGACCAAGCAGAACGUUGUUGACUCUGAAGGGGUAAAUGUGAAAGAGGAAAGGAGAGCGCCUGAGCCUAAGAGAGGAGAGAGUGGGAAUGAAAUGCUGCUGGGGAUGGAGGCGGAGAUCAGGACAAAGGAAGUGAAGAAGAGUGAGAAUGAGGGACAUGAGAACAUUUUGAGAGAAGGAAAACGUUUGAUAAUGUGUUGAUAGGUAGAGGAAAAGUGGAUAUUCGUUUCUUGGAGAAGAGCUAUUACCAAGGAGCUUGUAGGGGAAUGUUUGAGAAAUGGAUUUGAGAUGGGUUAGAAGGAUUUAAUUUAACACAUGAUUGGGUUUAUGAGUUGUGAGAGAAGGCAGAAUGAGCAAAAUGGAAAAUUACAGCAAGAGAAAGGAUAGAUAAUGAAAGUUCUGGAAGAAGAUGCAGGCUGGAGCGAGGAUCCUGAAGAAGAAUGUGGAGCUCCAGAGUGACAAAAGCAAGAGAAGAGAUCAGAAAAUAAAGAAGUGGAGAAAAAAAAUCUCUGCCUUCCUAAGAUCGUCCUCUCCUAGAUUCCUCUGGUGAUUCUCUGAGCGCCGAGAAAUUGUUGCCUCUCUCUAAGAGGCCUGCGUGGGCACGAGGUCAAGACGGGCCGUUUUCAGCUGUGUGGGUCUCCAAGAUUGCACUGCACUGUAUAUAAAUUAUGACCCAAAUACUCAGACUUGUUCUUUGGCUGGAUUACAUUUUGUCCCGGACAUCAGACACAUCCUACUGGAGCCACAGAAAGAAAAAGUGAAGAUCGAGACACUGUGACAAAUGGCAGCCACCUUUCCCAGGGUUUCUGACUCCACCAGGAAGAGAGCAGUCCUGCAGCCUGGCCCGGCUCUUCCCAGCAUUUCAGGCCGUGGACUCGGUGUGUCAGACUCAUCAUCCCACCUGGCUCACCCCUGAAGCCGCAGCUGGACAAACCCUCGACUUCCGGAAGGGGUGCUCUCUGCAGUACUCCUGACUCUGCCGGCCACAGCCAUGGGGACCUGCAGCCUCCAGCCCUGCGCUCCAGAGGCGGCAGGCGACAGGGUCACCCUCACAUACCUCCUCUGUACCAGAGAGCGUGAGGAAGACUCCCGAAAGCUGGAGCCGGGCUGUGCCGCCUGCCUGCACACAGAGCAGCAGAGGGAGGAGUGACAGCCGCCGCUUUUCAUCCCCUGCCACAAUGAAGUCAAAACGGUGUACCUCAGCCCUCACACUGGGGACGACGGCCCUGGCCAGCUGGGAACUAUGCUUCUGCUCCCACCCUCCUGUCCAGUGAGGGGCUGGGCACCCCUCUGGGGCUCAACCGACACUUGGUAAAAGUGAACGGCAUUAAAAAGGAACCCUGACAUCAAUAACAGCCACACCUGGCGCCCGUCCUCCCCAUGCCCAGAGGACUCGCCCACACCUGCUUGCUUUCUGGGACAAAUGGCCUGGCAGGAUGCUGCCUCGGGUCACGAAGGCUUGGGACAAACAGCUUGGCAGCUUGGAUGACGGCACCCUUGGGCCAGGACUCUCCCUCGCCAGAGCAAUGAGGGCCGAUUCUGACCUGCGCCCUCCAGCUUAGACCCCCACCCAACAUCCAGGACGAUCCUGCAGAGUGAGCGACCUCUCCCCUCACCCGGACGACAGCAGCAGGUGACACAGACCAGCAGAGCCCUCCCCUGCACUUGAGGGGACAGCACCUGGGGUGUAGGUCUCCCCUGCCACUCCCACCACGGCCACCAGAACUGUGGUGGGGAAAAUCACUGGGACACAAGGAAGUCAAGGAUUUGAACCAACGGAAUUUCUCUGUCCUUUGAAAGAGUCAACACAUGAUCUGUUACUGAUUGGGAUGUGAAAUAAAACUAAAAAUAACAGCACACUGAGUCUCGAGCAGGCUCAGCUCACCUUUAA